AAAGAAAAAAAUAUAUCAAGCCUAUAGAGAAGAAGAGCGGGCGACAUGACGGUGGUAGAGCUUCCCAGCUGCAUCGCUCUGUGCUCGCAGAGUAAUGGCUCCUACCUGCGCUAUGUGCACGAGCACGGCGAGAGCUUCAGGCAGCUGCAGCUCAACGGCAAGGACGCCAUUAACCCCUACACCAGGUACGACGUCGAGGUAUCGCGGGGCCAUAACGGCAGCGGCCUCGUGCACAUCCGAUGCCGCUACAACCGUAAGUACUGGGUGACUCGUCAGCGGGGCGACGCCUGGUGUAUCGCCGCCGACGCAGACGAGCCGGAAGAAGACCUGACCAACCCCAAUUGCACUCUGAUUAAACCAAUCAUUGUCACCACCACUGAUGACAGUGGUGAAUCCGUGAUGACCGUUCGGUUAGUACCACUUGAUAUUACUCCCUCCAUUCCUAAAUAUAAGCCUUUUUAAACAUUUCAAAUGCACUACAAUAUACAAAUGUAUAUAAACAUAUUCUAGAGUGUAGAUUCACUCAUUUUGCUCCGUAUGUA